CAAAAAUAGAAAAACAAAAGUGAGCCUCUAGUCCAGAUUCUAGAAGAAAAAAGAAGGAAAACCGGGCUGGACCGGAUAAAGGUGGUGGUUAGGGUAGUUUAGGAAGAGAAGGCAGUAUAAAAGCAACAGCAGGAGCCAGUUAGCAGUUUUAGGGCGUAAAAGAACAUACAAAGCCGAAGGAUAGGGCUCCUCCUUCUUCCUGCUGUUUUUAGGGUUAACUUUGGUCCAGAUUUCUAGAGAGAAAAUGGAACAGUACGUAAAGGUCGAGAAGCCUAAAGUUGAAACACCUAUAGAUGAGAAUGAGAUUCGCAUUACUAGUCAAGGAAGAAUGCGCAACUAUAUUACCUAUGCUAUGACUCUUCUUCAGGAGAAAGGUUCUGAUGAAAUUGUGUUCAAGGCCAUGGGAAGAGCAAUCAACAAGACUGUGACGAUUGUGGAGCUUAUUAAGAGAAGAAUAGUUGGUUUGCAUCAGAUCACAACAAUUGGGUCCACUGGUAUCACUGAUACAUGGGAGCCAAUAGAGGAAGGCCUUCAUCCUAUUGAAACCACAAGGCAUGUGUCAAUGAUAACUAUAACUCUUUCAAAGAAAGAAAAGGACACAUCAGCUAUUGGGUACCAGCCUCCAUUGCCUGCUGAUCAAGUGAAAGCAUCAAAUGAUUAUGAAUAUGAUGGAGAUGGCUCUCCAAAUGCUCGAGGUAGGGGUCGUGGUGGUAGAGGACGGGGAAGGGGAAGAGGUCCAGCAGGCAAUGGCUUUAUGUCUGCUGACUAUGAGGAUGGAGGCUGGGAUCAGAGCAGAGGUUAUCCCAGGGGUAGGGGCAGAGGCAGAGGUCGUGGCUUCCGUGGUCGUGGACGUGGAGGCUACAAUUAUGGUCCUAUGAUUGACCCUCAGCAAAAUGCAGGAGGUUACAAUCGAGGACCACCUGCUCCAGGCCGGGGUCGUGGCCGUGGAAGGGGAGGAGGUCGUGGAAGGGGUGGUGGCCGUGGUGGACGCUUCAACGGCCCUGCUCAGGCGGCCACAACUGCCGGUGUUGCAUAAAAUGCUCUUCCUUUGAACAGGAAAAGCAGGGGUUUUGUUUUAAAGUGUGAAAUGCCUGCUUCGUCUCUAUGUUUGACUUUGGUCUUUUUUGUUUUUUUCUCAAUUAAUUGUACUUUUUAGGACACUAUGAAUGUGUAUCAUUUAUAGACUAGUUUAGAUCAUAAAGUUUCUUGUAGCCCUACUUAGUUGGGCAAUUUUUUUUCCCUUUAGAAUUUAGGUUGAGUUUCUUUGGCGUAAUUGUAAGUCAUUCUUCCUUUACAUUGGCGAGCAGUGCAUUCUUUUAUUUGUUUUUCUUACUUUGUAAA